AUGGCGCACGCUGCCCUCCUGCCAGCGGCUCCAGCGGGGGCUGCCCCGACGACGUGGCAUGGUUCCUUCCCCGACGGCCCCGGCGGGGUCUGCCACCCGCACAACGUCGGCGGCUUUGACCUGCGUCAUCCGGCCUGCGAGCCGCUCUACAAGGAGCGCUGGGCAAGCCUGGAUCGCCAGCCCGGCUGGGAGGAGGAGGUUCUGGGCCACGCGCGCCUGUCGCGCGAGGGCUGGAACUGCUCGUCGGUGCAGGCGUGCGCUCUGGGUCAGCUCUUCCUGGCGCUGGAUUCCUUCGCCACGCCUGGCUUCUACGGGUAUCCGCAUCAGAAGCCAGUCCGUGCUGAUAGGUGGCGCCUGCGGCUCUGGCUGCGGAUGGCGCAGAGAGCCCGCUUGGCCCAGCGGCGCGAGCUGCGCGCGCUGCUCUCCGAGCGGAUGUACGAGCUCCGCGCGGCGGCGGUUGCCGACGGCGACCCUGGCGUGAGGCCUGCAGACAUCACCCUCGGGGUGCACGCGGACCCGCUGAGUGCGAAGGGAGAGUGGCGCAGCCAGGUGGAGUUCUGGCGUGGCUACGCGUCUGUGCACGGCCUACGCUUCCUGCUGGACCAGGAGACGGAG